AGGCAGGAAAUCGGUACUCUUCAAGAUCAUAUUAAAAUCCGACAAUGGCAUCGUUUUGAUUCUAAUAAACUAAAAACACCAUACAAACCUCUCGUCAAGUGGCGUGAUAUGGAAUCCACUAUCCUUGGCAAGCGUUCUGCUGAAGAUUUGCCUCCUCCACCUGAAGCAAGGACAGUGGACUCGGACUCGGACUCAGAAGAGUUUGAUGAUGGCGCAGAUUGGUUGGACGGUCCAGCUGCUCUUUCAGAGUUUAGGACAGCGGAAAAGGAUUCGUUCGUGCUUGCAGCGUCCAGCGGUAUUGAUUUGCAUGCACCCUACCUACGUGAACUGCUUGAUUCAGUCGGAAAACAACCUUUACAGCUGGGUUCCGCACCAACAAAGAAGGCCGCAAAAACCUUGUCUCCGUCUGUCCCCGACCCUUCUGCUUGGGACGAGUGGAAAGUUGAAUAACUCACCUAAUUCACCGUAAUUCACCGUACAUUUGACCUGAUUCACCUGUAAAAUAGCGUUAAUUUGCAGACAUGUUAAUUUAC